GUUUUUGAAAUUUUUAGGGCAGAUCCUCAAAUUAGAACUAUUGCUCAAAAAUUUCAGAAACGUCGGAAUCCUCAAAAAUUUUCGAUUUAGGUCGUCGCUGAAAGAAAACAUGGGUUUCAACGGUAAGCGUUGGGUGGUGAUAAGUUCAGUUUCAGUAGAGAAUUGAAUUUGCGAGAGUGAGUGAGAGUGUUGUUUUUCGUCAUCCCACUCUCACAACUACCCUUUGUAGGCAGUUAACUUUUUCAUUACAGUAAAUAAAUCGUCGCAAGACCUUGAAAUUUUGCAAAUGUUUAUUUGACACGAUUAUAAAAAAUAUGACGUCAUCUGUUAUUGAGUAAAAUUGGUUUCUCACAUAAUCAUCGAAUGACCUUAUUGUUGGAAGCCCUGUAUAUAAUACUAGGUGAAUGUUGAGAUGUUAGGCAACACACAUUACGCCUGUUUUGGAUGGGUCAAAUUGUGGCUCACGUACCGUCAUAAUAAUAUCCUUAGAGAAGGAAAGAAUCAUAGUCUAAGAUAAUAUCCACGUGCGUCUGUUAAGCAAUCGAGUAUCGACAAAUUCAAAAAUAUAAACAUAACCUCAAUUAAGCACGUUAGAAAUUUUGUAUCGAAAUGGAAGUUGAAGAACUCACGAAAGAAAUAGAGAAUGACGAAGGCGCACCACCCAACAAGAAACCGAGACUUUGGUCUGCAAAGGAAUUCCGAAAAAAAUUGAAAACUGCACAAAAAGUCUUGGCAAUUCAAGAAUUUUUGAUAAACUGCAGAGAAGACGGUAGCUACGUCAUCGAGUACCUAGAGAGUGGAGGUAGCUGCAUGGAAUUAAUUCAGUUACUGUCAUCAAACGAAAUACCCACGCCGAAUAUUUUGGAAAUCCUAAAUUACGUGUUGUUGCAAAUCGUAACCGGCGAAAGUAACCUUGACAAUUCGGCUAAUAACUCCUGCAAGCUGUUUGUGCAGUCUCAUUUAUCGUCAAUAAACAAAAUGUUGGCUUUGGGUUCCCCGCGAAAGGACAAGAAAGUUAUUUUAAAGUUACUAACGACUAUCGUUACUUUCUCAAAAAGCUUGGCAAAAGAAAUUCUGCUACAUAUCAACAUAAACCCGUCAAAUGUAGAAGUAUUAGCGAAACGAGGGGACGAUGAGGAUAGCGUUCGUAAUGCGUACAUUAGAUUUUUAAUGUCGUUCUUGGUCGAAGGGGAAACUGCUACGAUACUAAUCUUCUUAGAGAAACGAAUUUUGUUAUCGAGCAUCUUUAAGGGGUUACAGUACGAUUCUGCAGAAACUAUAGUUCUUGUUUUAUCGACGUUAAAGAGAUUCGUGCUCGAAAAUGGGGGCGUGAUGAAGACUACAAAAAUGAGCUUAUUCAGCACUUUAGUUGUUCGUGAAAUUGUCAGUUUGUACAACUGGAAGGGGAUGCAAGCCGCACAGACUGGUUUCGACCCCGUGAAGAAAGCGAUGGUAAGCGAGUGCGUACACGAUUUUCUCCUGGUACUGUGUACCUCGCACAAGUACGGUGUCAUCUUUAAAGAUCCCUACAUCGGAUCCCGCCCGAAGACUUACAACAGUCUAAUGCACACGGUUCUGGACAGCUUGGAACGGCCGUGGGAGCACUCUUACGCCGGGGAAUUGGUUAGGAAGAUUUGCGGCGCCUGUCCCGAUUUGGUCAAGUCGGUGUGGAGUAACUUGCGCAACUUUCUCGAGCCACGCCAUACGGAUAGGUGGUUAAAUACGGUUAAGUUCGCCGUUUCGUUAAUGAAGGAGGUGCAACCGACCACUGUUGAGCUGAGUACCGAGACGUUAAGCGUACAGCAGAUAUGUCAAAUCAUUCCAAGUCUGGUGGCCCCCACAUCAAUACUCCAGAUUAUCCUUCCGAAGAAUACCACAUUUGAAAAACCUGUAGUGAAGUAUAACAUAAUCGCGUUUUUGAGCGAAAGUCUAAGAUCAUUUGCAAAUUACGUGAACGCGUUGGAAAGAUCUUUAAACCAACAGCAGUUUUACAUCUUAAAGAUUUCGAUAAACGAGUAUAUUUCCAAACACUUUCUAAACGUCGAUCAGGUCAUCAGCAAUUGGACUAAAGUCGACGACGAGCCGUACUCAGUUGAGGACAACGUUGAAGCAGUGCUCGACUUACUCAAUCUGUACGAGGCCAAUAGUCCACCGUUGCUCGAAGGAUUAGCAAAUACCAACCUAAAGUCUCUACUGGACGAACUCGAUACACUUUCAAAAGGUGAACGUUUCAAAGUCCGUUUGGUGAACCUAUUUUUGAAAUAUGAGCCGUCGAUUUUUACUCCAAGCUCCGAGAUAUUCCCCACGGUAUUCUCGUUAAUUUUGCAACACUACCACGAGACUGGCGACGAAAACGCGUACACAACCUUGAUCGUUUUGCUAAACAAUUCGGCGAUAUUCGAAGAUGCUACGGAGGAACCCGAAGUGUGGAUUAAUACCGUUUUGUAUUUCGCGAACGUCGGUGAAAUAUCCGGUAUGCUUGUCGACGUAAUUCGGGAGACGAGUAGGGGCGUGAUGGAUUACAUUGGGGAGUUGCGCGAGUUUGCCAAGUUCGAAUAUGCGGCGAAACAGGAGCAGAUAUUGGAGAUUUUGGACGGUCUGCAGCACGAUUCUUAUCAGUCGAAUGAGUCUGUUAGAUCUACAGGGCUGAGCCCGAUGCUGUUGGGCGCGCUGAAAUACCUGGGGCAGAAUCGCCAAUUCAAACACUACUUAAACGCAGUGUUGGUGAAUUUAUUACACCUGCAGACUUCUUCGCGGAUGAUAGCCGCGAUUGUUCAAGAUGAAAAAUAUGCGGACUUGGUUUCGGAAUCUCUGCAGACGUAUAUUUGUGAGUGGACGAAGGGGGAAGCAUCGGCCUUGGUCAAAACCAAGUUGUCCACUGCCCAAAGUUUCAGUGCACUGUUUGUAAAUGGUGAGGUUGCCGAGUUGAGUUGUGAGAGACGGUGGGAGCUGAGGCACUGUUUGAACCAAGCCUUGUUUUAUUUUACACAUCUGAAUUGCGAUUUACUAAACGAGGCUCACCUACAAAGUUGCAUUGGGGUCAUCAAAAAGGUCAACGAGUUCGGUUAUGUUUUCAAACAUCCCACUUUGUUGCAAAGAUUUUCGCCUACAACUCGGAGCGUUACGAAUCAGUUAAUCGUGGAAAUGGCGAAGCUCUCGCCCACUAAUCUGGAUUCGCUUCUGAAACCGUUUCGGGCGAAGUUGUCACAUGCGUUGUGUAAGGUUUUAAAAAAGCGCAAAAAGUGGCACGAUAUCACUGACAUUUUGGAACCCGUGGGCCUGGAUCGCGCCCAAUGUGUGGCUGUCUUGAGCAUUUGCGUUAAUUUGGAGAGAAGCACGUCGGAUGACUUUCUAGCUUUCCAUUUCAAGGCGUUGGUCUACACGUUUGGAAAGUUUCUUGGCGAAAGUGACAACCUUCAUCCCUUAACCAAGGAGGUUAUCGCGAACAUGUCCGAGCUGCUGGCAUCGCUUAAUCUCGACGGAUUUGAAGCAAGCGCCUGCACAAGUCUACUUCAUAAUUACCUGCGUAAGUUCCCGCAUAAUCUGGCCGACAUCAAAGUGAGCCUUUUCGAAAGUAUUCUCCUCAAAGCCGACUUGCAUAAGGAGGACGUUGUCCUAGCAGGGCUUCUUUUGAGUAGACGACGAGAUCUUUUAGACACGUUUCAAGCCCACUUCGAGAAGAUUCUAAAACAGAAAAGUCUACUCUUGGUUUUACUCAAGUCGGCAAUAUCCGUCGACGCAAGCGCCGACGUACUGGGCCCGAUGUACACUCACCUCGAGCCUAGCAUUACAAAAAUACUGGCAAAAUCGAAAAAGGUCUCGCAUCACUUCGAAGCACACAAAGACACCAUCGUUACACUAAUCGCCAGAUUCAUGUCAUCGGAAACCUGUCGCUCACACGCCGGCAAGGUGUGCAAACUUGAGGUGACCCAGCCGUACCACAUCCACAUAUUAGCGGCAAUUUUCCAAAAGAUCCUGCCGGAAGCGUCACAAGACGAGGCGCACAAUAUUUUGCUAACGAUCGCCUCGCUCACGAACGCCCUCUUCAAGCAUAAAGAUAAAUCGAACGAAGACUGGUCGAAGCUCGACGAGGUGGCCCGAGUAAGCGUACACCUUCUAAACGAACUCUCCAAUCGAAAAGUCUCAUUUCGAAGAGUGUGCGAGGACGGCGCCUUCAACUUGUAUUGCGGUCUGUGCUUGAAAUUUGGACUGUUGGGUCGGGCGAAUUUUCUCGAAGUAAUGAACGUCCUCGUGCGAUUUUUAGAUUUGACCAAGGACGAAGCUCAGACCAUCCUCGAGAUGACAGGUUCGCAUUCGGAGUUUUUGGAGGUGAUUUUGGGGGAUAGUUCCGAGUGUAAGAGGCAAUUGUUGAGUUUCAUGUUGGAGCUCUUUAAGCGGUGGCCGGGUUUGAUGCACAGGAGUCAUGUGCCCGUACUUCUGUCGGCGUAUCACGGAACCGUGGGGGCUGCUGAUCAAAUAAAUUUAUCUUUGAUACAAAUGUACGAGUCAGAAGCCCAGCAGACCGGAUUUUACGACUUCAAACCCUUCCUCUGGGGUAAAGCCGCGGCGGCGCACUAUUCGGUGCGGCAAGAUAUCCAAUGGACGCUCUGGCGUCAACCGCGCAUGCACGCCAUCCUCGAAAUACUCGAAGAAUGGAAGAUCAACAAUACUAUACUUAAUCACCCGCUCGAUCUCACGCUGACUGACCCCAUCAAUACGCCGAACGACAAGGUGUACAGUUUGGCAUUUUUCCUGCCUCUGUUCGCCUCACUGUUGGCGCCCGAAAAUCAAGUUUCAAUUCAGAUGUUCAUCAAAUCGGGCGCGUUAAGUAUGACGGUCCUCGGUCUGAGCUGUUACAGCAAAGAGAUACGAUUGGCUUCCUGUCACGUUCUGGCACGAUUUCACUAUCAUCUCGAGGCGAGACGAAGCGGUAAAGAUAGGAUCUUGCGCUUGGGGUUAAUUGAAGCACUUUGUCGAGGCGUCGCCACUUUGGAGGAUAUUAAGCUGAACAAUUUCGCGUCGAUAUUUUGGGCCAGAAUGGUUCUUAUCCUAACGCGCCCUCUGCAUCCGAUGUUUUUGCCACUUUCCCGAUAUUUAACAGCCAAAGCAACACCGGAUUUGAGCGGAAUACCUGAACUGUACACAUUUCUGCACGUGCCCGACGUGAACCAUAAAGAUCCGAGAUUUUUUAUUUUAAAAAUUUUACACGACGGUAUGCGAACAGAUCACGAUUGUUCCGUUGCCAGCUACAAAAUGGCGUUUAAAUUAAUUAUGGAAUUGUUUACUAGUUGCGUUUCGGACUCUGAGACCAAACUAGCCAUUUUGAAUGUGUUCGAGAGCACCUCCAAAUUAAAACUGGGCCAAGAAAUCUUGACGACAAGCUACGGGAUGCUGUCGUGGUUAUACGACGUGAUCAACAAUCAUUGCGAACAUCCAGAAAUUCUUUCGGCCGUCCUACAAAUUUUGGCAAAUUUAACAAGGAAGCUAUCGAACUCGAAACACAUAGAUUACAAUAUCGUCAAAUUAAUUUCGGUGACCGUUAUUGAUUUUCGAUUAGAAACAAUUAGUGUUAAAGAUUUAGACAAUUUGUUGCAAGUGAUUCUGGCAAUAUUAGAUGUAAGCGGAAACUUUUUAACGUUAGAACAGUUACGAUAUCUGAUAAGGCGUAGUAAUGAUGACAGUUGUAACUAUUUAUUGGAGUUUGGAUGUGAAUUUUCAACAGUCGGCGAGGAUAAGUUGAUACAAAUCCUGGUAAGGAAAUGUGCAAAUAAGUUCCUGAAAUCGUAGAUGAAAUUGUUUUUUUAGUCUAUACUGAAAUGAAAGACUAUGUAAAGAUAUGUAAAUAAAUUAAGGUCUAAUUUUCUAGUACUGGA